AUGUGCCGGCCAAAUCACGAGCUCCCUCCAUCGGCUCCGCCCCUCAUUCGAAUCCUCACCGUUCUCGCUUUGAGCCCCCUCCGCUUCGCUUCACCUCUCUCGCCUGUACAUGAUGAUCCCUGCCCCGCCUCCUCGCCCAACAAAAAAAGAGAAGACAGAUGCACCGAGAGACGUGCAUACACACAUCCAAACACAAUGAAACUCACCAGGAGACAGGUCUGCUCAGCUCAUGUACAGAUGUCAGGCCUGACAAAUGAGGUGAAGCGAAAGCUCAUUGAACCCGACUCCUCCGUUCAGUUCAACAGUCGCUUCCCCAGGUCCCCUGGCUCCAAGGCCAUGUUUUCACGGUCGCCCCCCUGUCUCCCCUCCCUCCCUCCACUCCCAGUCCCUCCCUGGCCUGAUCACCUCGCCUACCCUCAAGCCUUAAAUGGGCUCGCUUACCCCCACAACGCGCCGUCGAGCCAGCCUGGAGGCAAGGUGGCGGCCAAACGAGUGGCCGAGCGAGGAGAGUUUCUCCAAGUGUCUUGUUUCACAGCGGGCAGUCCGAGUCUGUCGGUCCUUCUCGGCUCAACACAGCUGACGACUGAGUCCUCUCGGUCAGGUGAGCUCCCUCGGAGGCUCGUCUUCUGGGUCGGGGUAUCGAGAGGAUAUUGUCGAGGUCGGCAGCAUCGACAACAGAUGAAAUGUACCGCUAGAGGCAAGCUUGCCCAUAGGAUUAACCGUUCGGGUCGUUCCUGUCGUCGCCGUUGA